AUGAAGCAUCGAACACUGCAUGAAUCCACAUGAAUCCAACGGAUCGCUUGGCUCCUGAGGAUCAGGUAGUAUCACAUUCUAGUUGAGGUCCAGUGUCACCAGACGGUGCCUGGAAGUGUGGCUAUCAGGAAUGGCAUAUCACUAUGUGCUGACCUGGUCGCUUCUAGCGUCCGUCAUAGCCACCAUCGUGGCCUUCGGUUUGAUAGUCUUUCUUUGGGGCGCUUUUCUGGACAAGCAUGAACAUGAUCCUGGACGCAUCAGAGCUGUAAUGUUCAUCAUGCUCUUCGCUGUGACGUCCACAGAAAUAGGUCUUGUGCUUUUCGGUGUCGUGGGCAUCAAGACAACUUUGCUGGCCAUGUUUGUGAACCUUUGGGGAGGACUGGACGCGCUGUUGAGAUUUCCUGCUGCGCAUGACCUUGAGUCAUGGUUCUCCGCCAAGCAGUUCUGCUUGCUACUGGUGAAGACCAUUUGCUAUGCCUUUGGAUUCAUCGGUUUUAGGCAACACAUUGGGAAGUUUAUAGCACUGAUUCUGUUGAACGUGUGGGGCUUACCAGUCCUCUAUCUCAUGGCCUUGCCCCUGGACCCAUGUGAGCAGGUGGCAGAAGAAGAAUACGACGUAGACCUUGCAGUUCGUGUUUGGCAGUUGGCCGUUUGCUCCAAAGAGCGACGGAGAUCCCUUGACACUUGCAGAUGUUGGGUCAACAGGAAACUGGUUGCGGCUUCAGAGCACUCACCCCUGGCACGGAUGGCCAUUUGUGCCGCCAGUCCGCACUAUCGAAGAGCCUUCAACAAGAAAGGCAGAAGUGUUUGAAGCAUACCGUUUGAAGCCGUUCCGCCGCGGCUGCAGCACUUGUCGGGGGUGCCGUCCUAUGCCGUCUUUCAUGGCGCACAAGAACGUCAGCUAUGAAGACGUCAGUUAAAGUCCAACUCUUCCAGCCGUGGAGAGUAUGACUUGCAAUGAGCAAUGGCCCAUUUGCGCCGCAACGCGUAACGUUAGCCACACGAGAGGCACAGGACGAGCCGCGAAAAGAAUAUGCAUGC